AUGGGCAAGAAGUUGCGGUUGCUCGGUUUGAUUGUAAUAGCAAGUUUAAUAAUGCAAAUUUCAGGCCAUGUGGAAUUCACAAAUGUUAAAUGCGAAUCUCUGGAUAAAACCUUUUCCGACUUUGAGUACUGCUACAUAAAAGCCAUAAACCGGAGUUACAAAUAUGUAUCCAUAAAAGUGAAUUUAUUUAAAACUCCAGUAACUAAAGUAAAGGUCAAUUUUCUUGUGAUGAAGCGAUUUAAUGGUUAUCGUCCAUUUCUCUAUAACAUCACAGUGGAUGCCUGCAAAUUCAUAGAAAAUCCGAACAGAAACCCAAUAGCUCAUUACCUAUCCGACCUUUUUCUGCCAUAUACGAAUUUGGUACACAAGUGUCCCUAUAAUCAUAGCCUUAUCAUGGAUAAACUUCCAAUUGAUCAUAUAAAUAACCAGUUCACUAAUGUUCUGCCAUUUCCUACUGGUGAUUAUGCUCUUUGCACAAGUUGGAUGGCUUAUGAUAUAAACCGUGCUAAUAUUAAAGUAUUUUUGACACUUUCCUAG